GGUUUGAACUUUGAACUCUCCUCUCCCCUGCUGGCUUCCUAUCUCUCUUUUUAACCCCCUCCCCCCCUCCCCAUUCAUUCUCAUAAUUCAUUCAUUCAACUUCAAAACAUACUACCUUUUCCUGCAAAGCAACCAACAAAACAAACAAUGAGUGAUACAAGUGAUGAUAAUAAUAAUAAUCUAGGUGAUUCCCCAGCCGUUGAUAUAACCGGCAAGAUCAUGGUGGUCAUCAUAAUAGUUCUCUUCAUGGUUGUUGUUUCUUUUCUUUUCAUUCAUCUUUUUGCCAAGGGAUUCUGGUGGAGCCAGAGGCGGCAGGGAGAAAACAAUUCCCAAUCCCGGCGGCGGGGGGGCCAAAGAAGGAGUGAUGGUCUCGAUGCUUCUGUACUAAAGUCCCUACCCGUAUCGGUAUUCAAUUCCAAAGAAGAAGAUGGUUUGGAUUUGGAAUGUUCGGUUUGCCUGUCGGAAGUAGUUGAAGGUGAAAAGUUGAGGGUUUUGCCUCAAUGCAAUCACAGGUUUCACAUACACUGCAUUGAUAUGUGGUUCCAAUCACAUUCAACUUGCCCUCUUUGCAGAACCACACUUGCAACUCCUCCUACUACUACUACCUUAGUAGUACAAGUAGAACAAGAACAAGAAUCAUCAUCAUCAUCAUCAUCCGCUCCUGCUUUUCCAACAAAUGUCUUGAUUUGGGGAAACCACAACCAAGUAAUCUCUUCUACUACUUUGGAACAGAACAUUUCUUCUUCCUCUUCCAAUAUUCAUAACAACAACACCACACAUGAUCAUGUUGGAAAUGGAAUGUUAAGGAUUGAUAUACCCAAUGAUUGUGACUGUGAGGCCACUGCUUCAUCGUCAUCGCCCUUGGGGACGGGAGGAGGGAGAUUGAGGUCAUUGAAGAGGCUUUUAAGCAGCAGAGCCUUAAGCAGCCUAAAUCCAUGGAGUCCCACUUCUUCUUCUUCUACUACUACACAUGUCCAACAACAAACAAAACCAAAAGAAGCACCAGGACAGAGCUAGCAAGAUAGAUAGAUAAAUAGAGUGGAACACCAAUUUCUAAAUGCUUUUUAUUCAUUCAUUCUUAUUAUUAUUAUUAUUACUUUGUAAGUACAUAAUAUACGGUAUAUAUAUAUAUAUAUACCCGCCCAAAUUUGAGGCAGCAGCAAUCAAUCAAAGUUGUAGAAACAAUUACUUCCCAUAGUUAGAAAAUUGAAAUUCAAUUUGAAAUGUUUGAAGCAAACUAUGUUCCUCUUAUGACAAUUGUCAAAAAUACAAAAUAAAAUGAUAUUGUCUGCGACUA